AUAGAUUACAGAGGAUUCACUUAUUUAAAGACUUGGGCUAAAAGCUCUGCAGUGUAUUUUCGGCUCAUCCAAGAAUAACGCAACUACAGCAACAUGCUUGAGGCACCAGAGGAUUCUAAUUGAAGUAUCCUACCUUUGCCUUGUGGGACAGCUUUGUGUAGUAGAGCAGCCAGUGUGAGACUUAGUAGGUCAGCUCAGCGUUGUCUCUCCCCUCAGCAGCACUGAGUCCGGAUCACACUUUCAUCAGUUGUAGCCGGACUGACUGCACCAGGAGGCCUCCAUCAUGUCUCUAAGAUUACUGCCUGCUAUCGUUAUGGACAAUGACGAGGACGAUGAUGGUAACUUCACAAAAUGGAUGAGUAGUUACUGGGGUCACGGAGCAGAAUCUGGACACAGCAGGGAGAGAAAACGCAGUUUCGGGAGGCCUGCAAAAACACAAGCUGACCGAAGAGCAUCUCUACCGACUGUGGUAAGAACUGAUGAAUCCAUGCAUUUAAACAGAUUCCAUGCAGCCACGAUGGCUCCGACUCCGAGUCACAUCAAACCCCGGGAGGAAAGGGGGAGCAGGCCUCACCUGAGGGCUCGACGGGCUUCCUCAGACGACAACAGUCGCUCCAAGACGCCUCCAGAGAACCGCAUCACCACCAUCCCAGAGCUCACUGAGUCACUGGAGAAGAGACUUUGCCUCACUGAUAAAAGAGCCACAUCUCUUGGUGAGCAUAGGCCAUUAAAGUGA